AUCACAACUGAAAAGAAAACCAAUACUCUUUCUAUUAGUUAAAAAAGAGAUAAACAGACAAACAAAAAAAUGGAAUCUUGGCUUCGUAUUUUGUUCUUGUUUGGAUGCCUUUUCCCAGCUUUUGUUGAAUGCCGGAUUCGACGUUACAACUUUAAUGUGAUGAUGAAGACUACGACUAGGCUGUGUUCUAGCAAGCCCAUUGCCACUGUUAAUGGCAAAUUUCCAGGACCUACUAUCUAUGCUAGGGAAGGUGACACUGUGCUCGUCAAUGUUGUUAACCAUGCCAAAUAUAAUGUCUCUAUCCACUGGCAUGGAAUAAGACAACUUAGAUCAGGUUGGUCAGAUGGACCAGCAUAUAUCACACAAUGCCCAAUUCAGCCAGGUCAAAAUUAUGUGUACAACUUCACCAUCACAGGUCAAAGGGGUACACUCUUUUGGCAUGCUCAUAUUCUAUGGCUGAGAGCCACUAUGCAUGGUGCCCUUGUCAUCUUGCCUAAGCUUCGUGUGCCAUAUCCAUUUCCAAAACCUGAUCAUGAAGCUGUAAUUAUUCUAGCUGAAUGGUGGAAAUCCGAUACUGAAGCGGUGAUUAAUCAAGCCAUUAAGUCAGGUUUAGCCCCUAAUGUUUCUGAUGCUCAUACAAUCAAUGGCCAUCCUGGAACCAUUUCAAAUUGUCCAUCCCAAGGUGGAUACACAUUGAGUGUUGAUCCUGGAAAAUCCUAUAUGUUGCGAGUAAUCAAUGCUGCACUCAAUGAAGAACUCUUCUUCAAGAUUGCUGGUCACAAGAUGACCGUAGUCGAAGUAGACGCUACCUAUGUAAAGCCCUUUAAAACAGACACAAUUAUAAUUGCACCAGGCCAAACUACAAAUGUAAUUGUCACAGCUGAUCAAGGUUCAGGAAAAUACAUGGUUGCUGCAUCUCCCUUCAUGGACGCACCAAUUGCAGUAGAUAACGUGACUGCAACAGCCACGUUACAUUAUUCGGGCACUUUGGCUAGUUCAAUUACUACAUUGACUAGCACUCCGCCCAAAAAUGCCACCCCUGUGGCUAACAAUUUUGUUGACUCUCUUCGAAGCCUCAAUUCAAAAAAAUACCCUGCUAAAGUACCAAAAAAUGUUGAUCAUUCGUUGUUUUUCACGGUCGGGUUGGGAGUUAACCCCUGUCCUACUUGCAAACAGGGGAAUGGAAGCAGAGUUGUUGCAAGUAUAAACAAUGUUACGUUUACCAUGCCAACAGUAGCCCUUUUACAAGCACAUUUCUUUGGCAUCAAAGGAGUUUAUACGACAGAUUUUCCUCCAAAUCCACCAUUUAAGUUCAACUAUACUGGAACACUACCAACAAAUUUGGCUACAAUUAGUGGGACGAAGGUUUAUCGAUUGCCUUAUAAUGCGACAGUUCAAUUAGUUUUACAGGAUACUGGAAUUAUAUCCCCUGAAAACCAUCCUAUCCAUUUGCACGGGUUCAAUUUCUUUGCCGUAGGUAAAGGAGUUGGAAAUUUUAAUCCGAAAACAGAUCCGAACAAUUUUAAUCUUGUCGAUCCUGUUGAGAGGAAUACAAUUGGAGUACCUUCAGGAGGAUGGGUAGCCAUAAGAUUCCGUGCUGACAAUCCAGGAGUUUGGUUUAUGCAUUGCCAUUUAGAGAUUCACACAACAUGGGGAUUGAAGAUGGCAUUCCUUGUCGAUAAUGGCAAGGGACCAAAUGAGUCACUUUUGCCUCCUCCAAAGGAUCUUCCAAAAUGCUAAAAUUUUGCAUGGCAGAGGCUGAAAACGAAGAAAAGAGAGUCUAUUAGGAAGUAUCACCGAAAACAAAAAGUAUGUUGUGCUUUAUACCUUUAGUUUGAUCGGUAUCUGUCUAAUUCAACCAUUUAUUUGAGUAGUUUUUUCUUCAGCAAAUUGAUUGUAUUCAUUUCUUGAAUGAAACACCAAAAGUUUUGCUCAAGCAAAUCUAAAUAAUUAUUAUAUGUUGUUUGUAUGUAUACAUUCUAUUUGCGGUUUCUAAUAGAAAGUUUGAUAAUGUGCAUUUCUUUCA